AUGGGUGCUUUGCUUUCGUUGCCGCUGAUGGCGGUACCAAGCAUGGGCACGCUCAUUGGCUUCGCUGCCAGUUGUUGCGGUGCGGCAACGUGCUCUGCAGUCUGCAGCGCCUGUGGCAAGUGCGGCAACAGUGUCGCCACUCGUAUCGGCUACGCAGUCAUCCUCCUCGUUAACUCGAUCCUGUCCUGGAUCAUGCUCACUCCGUGGGCUAUCAAAAAGCUGGAACAUAUUAUGCUCGACUACGUUAAGAUCGACUGUCCUAAUGGCCAAUGCUACGGGUGGAUGGCCGUUCAUCGCUUCAACUUCGCUCUCGGCCUUUUCCAUCUCAUCCUCGCGGGCCUUCUGUUUGGCGUCACGUCUUCCAAAAACCCUCGCGCCGCUAUUCAAAAUGGCUAUUGGGGGCCCAAAGUCAUUGUAUGGCUCGCCUUCAUCGUCCUCUCCUUCUUGAUCCCCGACGAAUUCUUCCAGUUCUACGGAGCCUAUAUUGCCCGGUUUGGCGGCAUGUUGUUCCUCAUCCUCGGCCUCAUCUUGCUUGUUGACCUCGCCCAUAAUUGGGCUGAGUAUUGUCUUGAGCAGAUUGAGGAGACCGACUCUAAGGUUUGGCGGACAGUUCUCAUCGGCUCUACAUUGGGCAUGUACCUUGCUUCACUCGCCAUGACCAUCGUCCAGUACAUCUUCUUCGCCGGGUCCGAUUGCUCCAUGAACCAAGCAGCCAUUACGAUCAAUCUGCUGCUAUGGAUUGGGAUUUCUUUCAUCUCAGUCCACCCCACCAUUCAGGAAUACAACCCAAAGGCUGGUCUUGCUCAAGGCGCUAUGGUCGCCGUGUACUGCACCUACCUCACCAUGUCGGCUGUUUCCAUGGAGCCUGAUGACCAAAAAUGCAACCCUUUGAUUCGCGGUCGGGAAACUCGCACAACGUCUGUUGUUAUCGGUGCCGUCGUCACCAUGCUUACAAUUGCGUACACCACCACAAGGGCGGCGACUCAAAGCCUUGGGCUCGGCUCUACCGGCGGCAUCCGCCUCCCGGAGGAAGACGAGCACGAUCUCGUCACUCAGCAGCCCAGCGCUGCGAAGCAGAUGCGGGCGGAGGCAUUGCGCCGUGCCGUCGAGGAGGGCAGCCUGCCGGCGAAUGCUUUGUCUGACGACGAGAGCGAAGCUGGUGGUGGUCGUGCUCACGGUGAUGAUGAGCGUUCCCAGACGCAGUACAGCUACACCGUCUUCCACAUCAUCUUCUUCCUGGCCACGACCUGGAUCGCGACACUACUGACCCAGAACCAUGACGACCAAAAUGCUGAUGGCAACUUCGCUCCUGUAGGUCGAUCGUACUGGGCCAGUUGGGUGAAGAUUGUGAGUGCUUGGGUUUGCUACACCAUGUAUGCCUGGACGCUGGUGGCACCAGUCGUCCUCCCAGACCGCUUCGAUUUUUCUUAA